AUCACUACAGCUCCUCCAAGACUGACUUUCACUCUCUAAUCUCCUUAAAUCCCAACCUUGCCAUCAUCAUGUCUGACAUCCAGCAGGCCAUGGCCCUCCUCAUCACCGCCUUUGAUAAAUACUCUGGCAAGGAGGGGGACAAUCACACCCUGAGCAAGGCGGAGCUGAAAGAGCUGCUUGCGAAUGAAUUUGGAGAGCUGCUGGGGAAAUCCAAUGACAAGGCAGCAAUAGACCGCAUCUUCAAGGAUCUGGACACAAACAAGGACAACAGUGUGGACUUCCGUGAGUUUGUCACCCUGGUGUCCUGCCUCACUCAGAUGUGCCACGAGUACUUCAUCGGCAAGAAAUAGGGAUCCGAGCGCCACCUUGGGGCCAGCACGGAGAGGUGCCUUCCUGUGAAAGAGAAGAGUGUCUCUUUAAGGAAUAAACAUUUACUACUGCUAAAAGGCACUAACAAAAAAUAUUAUAUAUGUCGUUAUGCAAAAUUAAAUAAACUUUUUUUCGUUGUUUGAAA